CUCGGCGCGUGACUGGCGGAGGCGCGGGCGCGGGCGGCGCUCCCACAGCGCCCGCCGCAGGCCGCGGGGCCGAACAGUCCCCCGCUGCCGGUCAGGGGAGACCCCACUCCCACCCCGAGCGACCCCCUCGAGGGGGACACCAGCCCAGAAAGUCGAGAAAUUGUCGAGGUGGGGGGGAGAGCGAAGCGCUUCCGGUACCCCGCCCCUCCCCGUCAGGUGAUCACGCGAGACGGAAAGAGACCCUGAAGCCCCGGCGACGCCCGGAACAGACAUACACAAAAAUUGAAAGAAUAGGGGCCCGCAUUGUGGCAAAGUGGGAAUCUUCCAGAACUCAUCCCAGCAGUCUGGUCACAGGAGCUGGCAAUGCUGCCCAAACCUGGUGUCUAUUACUUCCCCUGGGAGGUCAGCACCAGCCACCUCCCUGAGGGCAGUGCACUGAGGACCUUCGGCAGGUUGUCCGCCUACAGGAUGGCCGAGUCCAGGGUGACGCUGACGGCUCUGCACGAGUCCCAGCAGCACGAGGUUCUGGUCUGCACCAGGCUGGUGGAGCCCUUCCACGCCCAGGUGGGCUCCCUGUACGUCGUGCUUGGGGAACUCGAGCACCAGGCAGACGGCGGUGCCGUGGUGAAGGCCCGGGUGCUGACCUGUGUGGAGGGCCUGAAUCUGCCUUUGCUGGAACAAGCCAUCCGGGAGCAGAGGGCCUACCUGCAGGAGAGGCAGCGGCCCCUAGGCGCUAGCAGCCCUGCCCAGGGAACCGCACACACCCCCGCUCCCGAGGCCAGGCCCCUGGAGCCGCUGGAGCCGCUGGAGCCGCUGGAGCCCCUGGUGCCACUGUGCCUGCAGCCUCUGCCUGGAUCCAGAGUAGAUGAACCAACCCCCCAGCCCUUCCCUCUGAUUUGGGAUUGCCCCAGGAAUAAGAGCCCGGAGAACAGACGUCAAGGUCUGAGCCCCCCACUCACCAGCCCAGAGACUGCAGGAGACCAAACUCUGGGGUCCUGGGUCUGAGACGGAUGUGGGGGCCUUGGAGAGUUCCAGAAACUUCUUGUGAAUAAAGGCCCAGCCAGUGGGCGUGACCUGG